GCGGUGUCCGCUUGGGGCUUAGAUGAGACACGUCAAGUCUGUAUAACAACAGAUAAUGCAGCGAACAUGGUGAAAGCUGCCGAUCUGAACAAGUGGACCAGGCUACAGUGCUUCGGCCACAGACUGCAUCUUGCAGUUGAAAAUGCAGUGAAAAAGGAUGGCCGCAUUGAUCGUGCUGUAGGAGUCUGCAAGAAGCUGGUGAGCCACUUCUCUCACAGCUGGAAGGCCAGCGAUGCCCUGACAAAAGUCCAGAAGGAACUCAAUCUACCAUCUCAUCUCAGAAUGCCAAACAAGAUGGGGUUCCAGACAGAUGAUGAUCAGCAGGAUAUUAGAACAGCAGCAGGCUUUAACUCAGGUCCUGUCUGCAGACAAGAAGCUGCGGCAUCUAAUUCCAACCUGGCAAGAUAUAGAUGUCCUGGAAUCUGUAAGCAAGUCACUGGGCCCAAUGCUGGAUUUCACUGAUGCACUUUCAGGGGAUGAAUACGUCAAUGUCAUCUUUGUAAAGCCAGUUCUUCAGCUAUUCAACACUUCACUACUGGAAAUGCGAGAGGAAGACACAGACCUGACCAAGAACAUAAAGAAGAAGAUGCAGGACUACCUCAACGAGAAAUAUGAAGAUGAUGAUACUCAGAAGCUGCUAGAUAUUUCAUCCUUUUUGGACCCCCAGUUCAAGAUGGACUUCAUCAGUGCAGACAAGAAGACCCAAGUUAAGGCCAGAGUGGCAUCACAGAUGAUGGAAUGCCAGGAGAAAUCAAGCUGCAGCACUGACGUGGAGCCCAACGUUACCAGUGCACCCCAGGCAAAGAAAGCAAAGAAGUCAUUGGGAAGCUUCUUUAAACAGAGUGAAACUGCAGCAAAGGGUGAUUCCUCUCUGACCCUAAAGGAUGCUUUGGAAGCAGAGUUAAACACCUACCUGCUAACACCUCCAAUAGACAAAGAGGGGGAUCCACUUGCAUGGUGGAAAGUACACAAACUAAUUUUUCCUCGUCUCGCCAGACUUGCCCGCAAAUACCUGUGUAUUCCUGUGACAAGCUCGCCAUCAGAGAGACUUUUCAGUACUAGUGGCAACAUCGUCACUUGCCAACGAACCUGGCUCAAGCCUGCAAAGUUUGAUAGACUUGUGUUCAAUUCAAGUUUAUUUGUAUAGCGCUUUUUACGAUACAAAUCAUUGCAAAGCAACUUUACAGAAAAUUAAGUUUCUACAAUAUUUAGUAGUAGCUUAU